GUCACAUACUUUACCUCUCGCCCGCCCGCCCGUUCUUUUUUACCGGUGGGACGCUCAAUUUUGCAGAUAUCAUCUUGUUUAAUUCCUGCAGAGUGUGUUAGCCUCAUGAGUGAAUAAUUACUAUUUCAACUUGCAAUGAGUAAAUCGAAGGUUUCAGCAGAAUGGAAGAAACGCGUGAAGUCCGAAUAUAUGCGUCUCCGACAAGUAAAGCGAUUCAAAAGAGCGGAUGAAGUUAAGGUAGCAUGGGCGCGAAACUUGCGUCUGAUGUCGGAGGCCCUGGAGACCCGCGAUGCAGAGCUAGCGGAGCGUGGACGGCGACCUUUCUGGCCUCCGCCGGCGCCGAGUCCGAGCCAUGAGGGCCUAAUGAAAAAGGCUGAAGCAACCUGUACUGAUGCUUCUGGCAUCGUCACAACCCAACAAGUACCAAUCCACAUAAUCAACUCAGUCAACCCAAUUCCCACAAUGUACACAUGGGCGCCGACACAGAAGAACUUCAUGGUGGAAGAUGAGACGGUUCUGCACAACAUCCCGUACAUGGGCGAUGAGGUCCUGGACCAGGACGGUACUUUCAUCGAGGAGCUCAUUAAGAACUACGACGGGAAAGUGCAUGGUGACAAGGAAGGCGGUUUCAUCGACGACCAGUUGUUUGUGGAGCUGGUGCACGCGCUCAUGACCUACCAGACGCGCGACGAGGUCGCCGAUGAGCGGCGCGAGAAAGAAUCUAACAAAGAGCAAAAAGACAAGGAAAAAGAAAAGGAUAAGGACAAAGAUAAAGAAAAGGACAAAGACAAAGAAAAGGAGACGGACAAAGAAGGAGCGGACUUGGAGAAGCAGUUCCCUAUCUUCAUCAUCUUCCAGGCCAUCUCCACGCAGUUCCCCGACAAGGGCACGCCGCAGGAGCUUCGGGAGAAGUACAUCGAGCUGACAUCCCGCAGCGACCCGGACGCGCUGCCGCCCGAAUGCACGCCCAACAUCGACGGGCCUCUCGCCGAGAGCGUGGCCAGGGACCAGACCAUGCACUCCUUCCACACUCUGUUCUGCCGGCGCUGCUUCAAAUACGACUGCUUCUUGCAUCGAGCCCAGCCGGCAGGUUUGCAGGCGUGCCACCCGGGGCCCAACCUGAACAAACGAAAAGGCCCCGACCUGAAGCCCUUUUCUGAACCUUGUGGACCCAGCUGCUACAUGCUAUUGGACGGCAUAAGGGAGAAGUUGGCGCGCGAAAAGGCAGCCGGCGAAGAAGAUAAGGGCAAGUCCAAUUCGAUGGACUCGCCCAACGACGCGUCGUCGGAAGACAGCAACGAUAGCAACCGGUUCCCCAAGGGCAGCAGCAGUGCAGCCGGGUGGAGCGGCGCGCUCGCCAAGCCCGGCGCGCCCGUCGAGCCCGCGUACAACGCGCUCGGUCUGACAGUGGGCGACAUCCAGUCUGAAUGGACGGGUUCAGACCAGUCUCUCUUCCGCGCCCUUCACAAAGUGUUCGCCUGCAACUACUGCGCCAUCGCGCAGGUCAUGCUGUCCAAAACCUGCCAACAGGUAUACACCUACUGGAUAAAUACGGGGCAAGAGGAAUGCCGAGUAGAGGCCGAACUCACCCCGCCCCGCAAGAAGAAGAAGAAGCAUCGUCUCUGGUCCGUGCACUGCCGCAAGAUACAACUCAAGAAGGACUCCAACUCGCAUCAUGUCUACAACUACACGCCGUGCGAGCACCCGAACCAGCCGUGCGACGCGAUGUGCCCGUGCCUACAGUCGCAGAACUUCUGCGAGAAGUUCUGCCAAUGCUCCAGCGAUUGUCAGAAUCGGUUCCCCGGCUGCCGCUGUAAGGCAUCGUGCAACACCAAGCAGUGCCCGUGCUACCUCGGCGUCCGGGAAUGCGAUCCCGACCUCUGCAUACAGUGUGGGGCGGACAGUCCGGUCUGCUGCCGCAAUGUGUCCGUACAACGCGGCCUUCACAAGCACCUGCUCCUGGCGCCGUCCGACGUAGCGGGCUGGGGCAUCUUCCUGAAGGAGGCGGCGCACAAGAACGAGUUCAUCAGCGAGUACUGCGGCGAGGUCAUCUCGCAGGACGAGGCCGACCGCCGCGGCAAGGUGUACGACAAGUACAUGUGCUCCUUCCUGUUCAACCUGAACAACGAUUUCGUAGUGGACGCGACCCGUAAAGGCAACAAGAUCCGGUUCGCGAACCACUCCAUCAACCCCAACUGCUACGCCAAGGUCAUGAUGGUGAACGGCGACCACCGCAUCGGCAUCUUCGCCAAGCGCGCCAUCCAGCCCGGAGAGGAGCUCUUCUUCGAUUACAGAUACGGGCCGACAGAGCAACUUAAAUUUGUCGGCAUCGAGCGCGAGAUGGAAUUCUUAUGAGAACAAACCAAACUGCAGCGCACCGCCGCCGCCGCCGGCAGCAGCAGCGGCAGCAACGGCCACAAGCCCGGCGCCAGGGGCAACGCCCUCGUGGGGACCGGCAGUGGGGGCAACGCCCUCGUGGGGACCAGCAGUGGGGGCAACGGGAAUACUAGGAAUACUGAAAGCAACGGGAAUUCGAAGAGUAGCGAGGGAAAUACUGGCAGCAACGGGAACUCCAAGAGCAGUGGCACAGGAGGCACGGGCAGUGGGAACACUUGCAGCGGGCUCGUCCCCGCGGGCCGCAGCAGCAGCGGCCCGCGGCCCCGCGCCCGCGCCCGCCGCACGUGGCGGUACAACCAGUAAACCGGCACGACGCGCGCGGUGCUUGCGUUCUGACGUACUUAGGGGUCAUCCAUUAAUUACGUCGCGAAUUCCUAGAUUUUCCCCCUCCUCCCCUCCUUGUCACACUUGGUCAAAUUUGGCAAACCACCAGGGGGAGCCCCCAGGCGUGACGUCACAUUUUUAGCAAUUUUUAUUAAACGAAAUCGGCAAAUCGAAUUAGUUUAUAUUAAUAUUUUAUCAAAAUAUUUUAGAUAAAUGAAAUAUUACUAAUUUUAGAACCCAAGACCAAUUAGGAAAUAAAAUUUAACGAAUAAUAACGAUUAACGUUCCAAAAACUUGUUAUUGAACUGUACCGCGAAUAAAAACAAUUAAGUUUUCGGUUACUGAUGAACUUAAAGUGACGUGACAAAGUUUGUGACUCCCCUUGUCACAUUUUCUUGACCCCCUCCCACCCCCUAGACAUAUGAUGUAAUUAAUAAAUGACCCCUUACGAAGGUUAUCCCUAAGGUAUGAAGAAGCUCUUUACUUCAUCAUGUGCCAGCGCGAACCACCCGAGCAAGUUACCGGCAGCCUGCGUCUUUACAUACUCGUAUUGCGCCGUACUAGCGCCAUUAGUACUUCGUAUUAGUUACUUGCCAGUAAAUGUUUUGAUACAUCGAAAUGGUGAGUUUCAAAACUGGCUUCUAAGUGGUGAGCAAGAAAAGAAGAAGUGGGUGAGUGAAGUGAGUGGUGAGAAGUGGUGGUGUCAUAUAAUUUCAAAAAGAAUUGCCACUAUAAUGAGAAUAUAGAUAAAGCAGGACUUCCCAACCGAAGUUUUUGCUUGGAUCGUCCGUCAUGUCAUCUUAUUAGUUGAAAGUAUUGCCUCGGUGAGCCCAGUGGACGUCAGCCUAGUUGUAUGGGACAUUGAACCUGUCUUUUGUUUUUUUUUUAUCCAUUUUGAAAAUGGUUUAAACACGAGCUGUGAAACUCAAUAUGCACGUUAUGUUCCAUUAGUUAUUAAGAUGUUUAAAUGACAGACUAUAUCUCCUGUCCUAGUGUAUAAGGAUUUUUACGUCACAAUAGGUAUUAUAUUUAACAUCACAAAACGCAUUGAACUUGCAUACAAUAGCAGUGAAAACGGUACGAACAUUAUUUUGACGAUAGAGACAAAUAGUGUGACUCAACCUGACAGUAAGUGGAAACAUGCAUAAAGCAACCGUUUUUAAUGUUCUUAUAGUAUUUAUAUAUAUGAACUGUUUUUCUGUUCCUUUUGACUUAUGAUUAAUGACUUUGUACUUUUAUACGUUAAUAAAAGCAAUUAAAUCUCAUAA